AUGCAACAGUUCAAGAGAGAAAGUCCACAGAGAAUGGUGCACAAGGACAAGAGCAGGACAACAAAGCAUGAGAACGACCGUGUCCCUCCUCCGCCUCUGACACAUAGACAAGAGUCUUUCAGCCCAGAUCUCCACCCUGAGUCCCUGGACAGCGAUGAAGCUCUGGCCCUGCGGCUGCAGCAGGAACUGGACAGGGAGGCCGCAGAGGCCCAGACAGUGGACCUGGAGGACGAAGGCCUCUUCUUCUGUCAGAUCUGCCACAGAGAUCUGUCACAUAUGACACCUGAGGGGCGAACACAGCAUCUCAACAGGUGUUUGGAUGAAGGUGCCCCAGCCCCCCCUCCUCUGCCUCCUGGUGUGCCCGACUGUCCCAUCUGUGGCAAGAAGUUCAAGUCACAGAAGAGUCGCUUAGCCCACCUGAAGCGCUGUUCCACAGAUAUGGGUGUCGCUCCGUCUGUGCUGCUGCAGGCUCUGCAGAGACAGACUGAGGAGACCCACAAUGUCCCCACUGCUAACACACUCACACAGACUGGUGGCACUAAAAGAAAAUGCCCAUCCAAGCCGGGCCUACCAGUGAGGAAGAAGCCCAGGAAGAAGACUGCACCCCUGGACGAAGACACCAUGGUGGCCUUGGCUCUGUCCUCCUCCCUGUUGGAACAGGAGCAGCAGAGCAAAAGGGAGUCAGAGAGGCACUCACAAACAAAUACGGCUGCUUCUCACAUCUCCAUGAAUUCAGCGUUGAAGGGGAAGCCUGACACGGGUAAGCAGCGUGGAAAGAGGAAAAAGGGUGGCAUCCCUCGUCCUCCUCCGCUCCUCCUUGUUCAGGAUGCUGAGGUGGCUCUGGCGAGACUGCAGGAACGCGUUUCUGCUCUCCUCCUACACAGUCGGCCCCCCUCUCCCCCCACCCCGACCCGCUGCCCCAGCUGUCUGCCCGGCUGGAGCGGUGCUGCCCCCCUCUGGCAAAAGAGCACACUACAGGACCAAGCCUCCACCUGUCUGUCUGAUUUCUACACUCCAGAGCUCAGAGAGUUCAUUACGCCUUGGGAAUCAGCAACGACGGAGGCAGCCACGUCCAACACCAUCAACAAGCCUGCGUCUUCUGUCCAACCUGUGAGUGAAGGAACUCCUGUCCCAGUGACCAGGGCCUCCAUGAUGCCCUCCUCCUCUCAGACGGCCCCCUCCACCCCAGGGACCGGGCAGCUCCUGAUGGACCUGAUGGAGCUGGCUGAAGACAGUGUGACCCUCACCCAGUAUGGUCACAUUGCUUCGGACCCUGACAAAGAUGAGCAUGCCCGUCAGAUCACAAACAUUCGUCUGAGCGGCUUCGUGGGGGAGGAGUCGGAGGAGCAGGCUGACCUGCCAGAGACGACACAUUUAGAGGCCGCUCGCAGCCGAGCGACGAGGACGCUGGAUCAGCCGGUGGCAGACAAAGAGCGAAGCAGCCUCCGAUCAGUGGCACUAACCAGACUGGCAGUAGAGCUGAGCAGCAUGGUGAACAACGCUCAGCUCAGUGACCUGCAGCUCCAGGUGGACAGUGGAGAGAUCUACUUUGCUCAUUCCUUCAUGGUGUAUGCUCGAUGCCCCCUGCUGGCAGAAAUGGUUCAUGAAAGUGGUUUUGGGGUGCAGGAGGCCGGCGCGCCUGCAGCCCAGAGGGUGCUGAUGAAUGACGUCCCGGGACAGGCGGUGUUUGCUUUACUGCAGUAUCUCUACACAGCUCGCUGCUCCAUCCCCGAAUCACUUCGGCCUCAUGUACUGGAGCUCGCCUCCAGGUUUUACUUACAGGAGCUACAACAGCUUUGCCGGGACGAUGCAGCGACUCGGGGAGACGCGGAUGAUCACACGAACCAGGAGGAGAACAUGGACAAGCAAACACAGCAGGCCCUCACGGAGCUGCUUCGCUCCAUGUGGGACGAAGAGGACGAAGACGGUGAGGGCGCGGAUACCAAUGGAGGAAGGGACGAAGAGGCAGAAUUGGAAGGGGAUCACCAAACCGAUGGCCUCGCAUCAGGUGACGGGGAGAUCCGCGAGGAGAAAGUGAACGAGGAAGAGCUGGAGGAGAUCUAUGAGUUUGCCGCCACGCAGAGAAAGAGAGAGGAGGAGGAGGAGGAAGACAGCAAGGAGGAGGAGGAGGAGAAGGUAGACAGGGAUGAAGAAGUGUUCACCAAUCCCAAAAGAAGCUCAACAGGCUUCAGUGGAAAAAACCUGCAGUCGGACCCCGGCCUGGACCCCAGCUACACUCGCCUCUUCUCCGACUCCUGGGGGGUCUAUGAGGAAGAAGAUCCUUCCUCUUUACCUUCAACUUCCCGGCCGGUGAAGACACACACCCCUCAAUUCCAAAACCACCAGUCCCCUGAUGAACGCGCUUAUAAACCUUCGGGCAGAACUUUGCUUCAUUCCUCAGCGAGCGUAGUUGACGAGCUUUCUCUCAGCCCUCCACCCAGUCCAUCCAACCUACCUCUCCCGGGUCAGUCCCCUGGUCCGAUGGGUGACUGGGGCGGCGGUGGAGACAAGGGAACAGAUGGUCUGGCUUUGAAGCGAGACAGCCAAGGACCUCGACAUACUUGUGUCCCUCUUUCUCCCGAAUCGCCUCGGGAAAAGAAGGAACCCGAGCUCAUAGUUUUGUCCGACUCAAGCGACGAGGUAGUUCCUCGUUCUCGCAGUCCUUCGCCACAUUCCCUUUCUCGUGCCGUCCAGAAACGGCAGAGCUACACCCAGGUCAAACCUCAGCCAAUCCCCAAACCUACUGAACCCACUCUGGAGAAUAAACAGUCCAGUAGCUCCGAGUUGAGUCCUUAUGAUCCAUCUGCAGUGCCGGUUCACAGUCCUCAGGGUCCCUGGUGUGAGCAGGAUCCAGCAGACUGUUCUCCAGAAGUGUCCUGGCUGAUCCCCUCCACACCGCUCCAGCCCGCAAGAAGCACCAUGACAACCAGCUCUACUCAGACUAAAAGCAGCAUGUGCAGGACACAGCUGUUCCCUAAAGGGGGCACAUCCUCACCGUCGCACUCUGUUUUCUCUUCUCCUGCUUUACCGUUGAACAACAGACUGCAGACAUCCAACUGUCCAGCCAGAGUUCCUGCAGAGGACAGUGUCCCCGAGUUAAAGCUGGACAAGACCAGUAGCUCCAGCUUGGAUCGCAACUUUUGUUCUAAAAGAACAAGUAGUUGUGAUGUCCAGAGUAGAGGGAGAGGAGUUUCUGCUUUCCCCCCGUGCCAACCUAACGUCACAAAGAAGGAUACACCUGUCCACAUCCAGCCCCGUCCUUACAGCAGCACUCCUCUGCACACAGAGCUCCACAAGGCUCCCGUUCUUUCUGCCACCUCCCCGCUCCACAAGAACCUCUAUAAGAGCUGGACAAGUCCAGGAAGGGAUGGGGCGCCAUCUGAAAGCCCAGAGAAGACCGAGUUCGGGAGCUUUUAUCUUUCCCCCAUGUCUGACCCUUCAGAUCCACCCUCGUCUUCUUCUCACAAAGGUCUUCAAAGUUCACAGAGGCUCAGCGUGUCCUCCAGUCACAGCCGCCGCUCGGUUGAGUCCAGCAGUCACAACAACUCAGGGCCUGAGCUCAAGAGAAGGGCACUGAGAAAUGAGAAAGUAGGAGAGAUUGAGUGUGAAAAUAAAGACAUGGGUGAUGAAGGAGGGAAGGAUAAAGGGGAAGUUGCUGAAUCCAGUUUCCAGCAAAGCUUCAUGGCCAUGGACGAGCCUCCCAUAGCUUUCAACGACUCGUGGGGUUUCGACGGCUGUGUAGACAUGGCGGCAAACCCAGGUUGCUUCAGCCUGAGGCUGGAGGACAGCGGCGCGUCCAGCCAGCACGGCGAGCGCAGCCUGGGACACGGAGAUCCUGCCGGGUCAUCCUCCUCUACCGGUCGCCAACCUUCCCCAUCCCGUCCCAGUGUCCGUUUAUUGAACAGCCAUGGCGCUGUUGCGGCCUCCUCUCCAUCCAAAGGCCACAGUAGAACACCCCCCACCAGUGUACAGGCUCUUACGACCCCCUCUUUCCCCCCUCCACCACCUGACCCCCCCACCCACACCACACCAGAGAGGAUCCACAGCCUCCUGGAUUCCAAAAUAUGGGACAGCUGGGAGGAAGAAGAGGAGGAGGAGGCUCUUCCUCUCACUCAGAGGAUGAACCCUGCCACCCAGCUCAAAACACCAGAAUCAUCACACGAUAAAAGGCGUCGUACCUUGGUGGCCAUCACCCCGCUGCCCCACUACUCUGACAUGGACACACCGGAGCUCAAGAACAAGCUCACCAGGUUUGGUGUUCGGCCUUUACCAAAGCGCCAGAUGAUCCUCAAACUGAAGGAGAUUCACCAGUACACACACCAGCUGGUCAGCUCUGACUCUGAUGGCGAGGCACCCCCGGCGGCCCGUACAGAUCGGACGAAGCAACCGCACACCGGUUCAGAGGUUCCUGGCAACAGGCCGGCCUCCUGCGACCAGAGAGUGACUUUUAAAGAGCCCAGAGCGCCCGCUGCCGUCUCCCCUCUGAAAGCCCACAGAGAGGAGGAGGCAGAGCUGCUGUCGGCCUCGCAGGGCUCCACCACCUCUUCGACUGCUGCCAGUGAAGAAUCUGAAAGGUCCAACCCAGAGCUGUGCCUCUCCUCCGACUCAGACAGUGAUGGCGGCAUCUCUGCCUCCCAGGCAGUGAACCGCCUCCAGGAUCGACUCCGGGCGGUGCGCUCCUUCAUCCUGUCUGACUCCCAGCUGUACAGUCAGAUCCUCGAGUACCAGCCGCUGGUCUUGUCCCAGCUCCAGGAGCGACUCAAAGCAGCAGGGAUCCGCCUGGGUGCCGCCAAGCUGGUGGACUACCUGGACUCUCAGUGCAUCACCUUCACCACAGCCAAACCUGGCCAAUCGGCACCCAGCCGCCGACGGGGCAAGAGGACAGCCAAGGGGGCAAAAGCAGCAGGGGACAAAGGAGUGGGCCGGAAAAGAGUUGUUACAGCCAUGAUUUAAAAGAAAAGGUCUACGUAAAAACUGGGAUGAAAGGCGGCAGGUUUUUGGCAGAAGAGGCCGGAAGAACAUUUGUGGUUGUUCUUGGACAGCUGGCACUCGAGUGGACUUUAGAACAUUUUGAACCACGUAUAAUACAAAUGUUUCUUCAGGACAGGUUUUGUAAUUUUACUGUUUUAAAUGUUGCGUUAUAGCCUUCUGUGAAAAUAAAAAAAAGGUACAUGUUG